UCCAGAACAUUUCAUUUUCUCAAAACAAAAGCGAAGUAUUCAAAAAGGACUAUAUAUAUUUUUUCUCUCUAUAUUUCUAAAAUCUGCCCGCUUUGAUUCCCUUUUAAGAACAACAAGAAUUACAAGUGCGAAAUACUUGAACCAAAUUUACAUCUUGGAAGGGUUCACGGGGGCAGAUUUUAAUGUUAAUAAAGUUUAUUAUUAUUUUUAAUAUAUAUUGUGUAUAAAUUUUUAGCAUUUCUUGUUUUGUUCAAAAGCUAAGUUUGUAAAAUACCAUUAAUUCAUAUAAUUUUGUUGUUAAUUAUUGGGGAAAGUUGAUAAAUUUGGGUGGGAAUUAUUGAUGGGUUAUUUGGUUGAUUCCCAAAAAGAUGGUUUUUGUUCUUCGUGGGGUUGUUUAAAGAGUUUUGUAAGAAGAAAACAGGUGGAUUCUGCUCAUUCCCAGCGUUUGGGUCAUCAUCAGUUGGCUAAAGAGUUGACUGUUCCUCAUCUCAUAGCGAUUGGUGUUGGAUCAACAAUUGGAGCAGGAGUUUAUAUCCUUGUUGGAACAGUUGCUAGAGAGCAUUCUGGUCCAGCUCUCACCAUUUCUUUUCUAAUAGCUGGAAUUGCUGCUGCUCUCUCUGCGUUUUGCUAUGCUGAGCUUGCCAGUCGUUGCCCAUCUGCUGGCAGUGCCUAUCAUUAUUCAUACAUUUGUGUUGGUGAAGGCGUUGCCUGGUUGAUUGGUUGGGCUCUGAUACUGGAGUAUACAAUUGGUGGAGCAGCAGUUGCUCGUGGCAUUUCUCCUAAUCUGGCUUUGCUUUUUGGGGGUCAAAAUAGUCUGCCGAUUUUUCUAGCUCGUCAACAUAUUCCCGGGCUUGAUAUUGUGGUGGACCCUUGUGCUGCAGUUCUAGUUUUCGUCGUGACUGGACUCUUAUGCGUGGGAAUCAAGGAGAGUACACUUGCUCAAGCAAUUGUCACCAGCGCAAAUGUAUGUGCCAUGAUUUUUGUGAUCGUAGCUGGUGGUUAUCUGGGUUUCAAGACUGGAUGGGCUGGAUACGAACUGCCUACUGGGUAUUUUCCAUUUGGGGUGGAUGGAAUGCUUGCUGGGUCUGCAACAGUGUUUUUUGCAUAUAUUGGUUUUGAUUCGGUUGCCAGCACUGCUGAGGAGGUUAAGAAUCCCCAGCGGGAUUUACCACUGGGUAUUGCGACAGCACUCUCCAUUUGUUGUGGGUUGUACAUGCUGGUCUCUGUUGUGAUUGUUGGUCUGGUCCCCUAUUAUGAAAUGGAUCCUGACACCCCCAUCUCUUCCGCAUUUGCUAACUAUGGGAUGCAAUGGGCAGCUUACAUUAUAACCAUUGGAGCUGUUACUGCCCUUUGCUCAACAUUGAUGGGCUCAAUGCUCCCUCAGCCUCGAAUCCUUAUGGCCAUGGCUAGAGAUGGAUUGCUGCCAUCCUUUUUUUCAGAUGUUAAUAAACGCUCCCAAGUUCCUGUCAAGAGCACAUUGACAACUGGUAUAGUUGCUGCUACCUUGUCAUUCUUCAUGGAUGUUUCACAAUUGGCAGGGAUGGUCAGCGUGGGUACACUUCUUGCAUUUACUAUGGUAGCAAUUUCUGUGUUGAUACUCAGAUAUCUCCCACCAGAUGAGGUGCCACUUCCGUCAUCACUUCAGGAGUCGAUUGAUUCUGUGACACUAAGAUAUAGAAGGGAUUCUCAGGUGAUUAGUGGGGAAAACCCUGAGAUGAGUACUUCUACAGGUAGUUCUCAGCCUUUGCUCAGCAAGAAGAAUGUGGCUAUUGAUUGUCCCAUUAUUGAAAAGCAAGAAGCUCAAGCCAGUUGUACCCUCAGUGAAGAGAACAGGCGAAAAAUUGCUGGCUGGACUAUAUUGUUAACAUGUGUAGGGGCAUUUAGCCUUACGUUUGCAGCUUCAAGUUUGUGGCUUCCAAGCCUUCUUCGUUUCAUGUUAUGUGGAGUUGGGGGUGUUCUUCUUCUGUUUGGUCUGAUUGUGUUGACAUGUAUAGAUCAAGAUGACGCACGGCAUAACUUUGGACAUACAGGAGGCUUCAUAUGCCCUUUUGUUCCUCUCCUGCCAAUUGCCUGUAUUCUCAUCAAUGUCUACCUGCUCAUUAAUUUGGGGGCUGCCACAUGGGCUCGGGUUUCUGUAUGGCUCGUAUUGGGGUUUCUUGUUUACAUUUUCUAUGGCCGAACCCACAGCUCGCUGCUGGAUGCAGUCUAUGUGCCUGCAGCUCGUGCUGAUGAAAUUUAUCGCUCCUCUGGAGACUCUUUGGCAUAGUUGCAGCAUGAAUGGAAAAUUUCUCCUGGAGGAAAAGGGAAAAAAUAUAGGGAAAAAUGUGGAUUAUGUUUGCACCAAUGCUUGUUGGCCUUAGUUUUGGAGAAAAAAUUCUCAAUGUUGUAUGUGUGUAGUUUUUGUUGUCCCCUGUUAUUAAGUAUAUAUAAUCUAUUGACUGAUGACCUAAAAUCAGUCCCUUGUUUGUA